CAACAGUAACGUCACACGGGCUACAGGGGAGUUUUGUUGGAAGUUGCAAAGUCCUGGAGCCUCCAGAGGGCUGUCGGCGCUGUAGCAGCGAACAGCAGCGUCCGCGCGCUCGGGCGAGGAGCAGAAGAGCUCGAGGGAGCGCAAGAGCUAGAGCCGAGCGCGGACCGAGCCCCCGACCCACCGCCAGCCCCAGGCCGCCUAGCAGAGCCACAGCCAUGGCACACCAGCUCCUGUGCUGCGAGGUGGAGACCAUCCGCCGGGCAUACCCCGAUGCCAACCUCCUUAACGACCGGGUGCUGCGGGCCAUGCUCAAGGCGGAGGAGACCUGCGCGCCCUCCGUGUCGUACUUCAAGUGUGUGCAGAAGGAGAUCCUGCCGUCCAUGCGGAAGAUUGUGGCCACCUGGAUGCUAGAGGUCUGCGAGGAGCAGAAGUGCGAGGAGGAGGUCUUCCCGUUGGCCAUGAACUACCUGGACCGCUUCCUCUCACUGGAGCCGGUGAAAAAGAGCCGCCUGCAGCUGCUGGGGGCCACCUGCAUGUUCGUAGCCUCGAAGAUGAAAGAGACCAUCCCCCUGACGGCCGAGAAGUUGUGCAUCUACACUGACAACUCCAUCCGGCCCGACGAGCUGCUGCAAAUGGAGCUGCUGCUGGUGAACAAACUCAAGUGGAACUUGGCCGCCAUGACCCCGCACGAUUUCAUUGAACACUUCCUCUCCAAAAUGCCGGUGGCAGAGGAGAACAAACAGAUCAUCCGCAAACAUGCUCAGACCUUCGUUGCCCUCUGUGCCACAGAUGUGAAGUUCAUUUCCAACCCGCCGUCCAUGGUGGCUGCUGGGAGCGUGGUGGCCGCCGUGCAAGGCCUGCACCUGGGGAGUUCCAACAGCUUCCUGUCCUAUCACCGCCUCACGCGGUUCCUCUCCAAAGUGAUUAAGUGUGACCCGGACUGCCUCCGGGCCUGCCAGGAGCAGAUCGAAGCCCUGCUGGAGUCGAGCCUGCGCCAGGCCCAGCAGCAGGACCUGGACCCCAAGGCUGCCGAGGAGGAAGAAGAGGAGGAAGAGCUGGACCUGGCCUGCACGCCCACCGACGUGCGGGACGUGAACAUUUGAGGGUGCCCACGGCCGGCAAGGGAGGGGCUGGCCCGGGUGCUCCCCACAGACCACUCCUCUCCAGGACCGCUCACGGCCAGAACGGGCAGCUUCCUUCUCCUUGCUGUCGGUUUUCUCCUUUGCUCUUUCCCCCUUCUGUCUCUGACUUAAGCGAAAGAAAAAAAAAGUACCCAAAAACUGUCUUUUAAAAAAAGAGAGAGAGAAAAAAAUAGUGUUUGCAUAACCCAGAGCUGGGUGGGGGAGGAGGGUUGUGCUACAAAAAUAGGAUUUUAUACCCCAUAAUCAACUAGUUUUCUAUUAAUGUGUUUGUGUCUCUGUAUUGUAAGGCUAGGCAUUAACACAAAAGAAAGUCUGCAGGGGAGGGAUAGAUUUGAUUCUUGAUGCGUUUAAA